AUGCUUAGUAUAGAUCGAUUUUUAGGUAUAUUUCAAUUGUUAAUAAUCUUUAGUACUUUUUUGAAUUUUAUUAAUACAAAACAAAACAAAAAUACAUGUUGGUCUUCAUCAACAAUCUAUCAUAUCUCAUCUCUUGAUAAUAAUAAUACCAAUUGGGAAAUAAAUUGUACUGAAAUCGAACUUGUAGAAGAGUGUCAUUUAUCGUUUGUGGAAAAAAUUACAAAUAAAACAUGUUCUCAAUCAACAAUUUUAUCUGAUAAACAACCAUCAUUUACACAAAAAUAUGGUUAUGGAUUUUUAGCUGUUUUUAUUAUAAGUAUUCUUUCAUUAGCUGGUUUUCUUGCAUUUCCAUUAAUGAAAAAACCUUAUUAUAAAUAUUUAAAUGCAUUUUUUACUGCACUUGCUGUUGGAACACUUUUUGCUGAUACGACAUUUGAAUUAUUACCUGUUAUUAUUCAAAGUGGUGAGACAUCAACACAUGUUCAUGAACAUGGUCAAACUAUAUCAAACCAACAUUCAGAUAGAAAAAUUCAUAUACCACUUUUUCUUUGGCAAAUGGCAACUCUUGUUAUUACUGCUUAUAUAUUCUAUGUUAUUGAACUUUUUAUACAUGUUUUUAUGCAUCAUCGACAUCAUCGUGUAGAAGUAAUAUCUAAUUCAAAUCCACAAGCAUUACCAAUGUCUGAAAUAAAUGUAUCACAACCACAUCGUAAUGACUCGCUUAUUUCUACUAAUACUGUGCCUAAUUUAACAAUAACAGCUGAUGAACGACAAACAAAAAGUACGGGUUGGAUGAUAAUUAUUGGUGAUGGUAUUCAUAAUGUUGCUGAUGGUCUUGCAAUUGGUGCAGCUUUUGCUGAAAAUACAAUGUUUGGUUUAACAACAUCUAUUGCUAUUGCAUGUCAUGAAUUACCAACUGAACUUGGUGAAUAUAUGGUUUUAAUAGAAUCGGGUUUUACUAUUCGUCAAGCACUUCUCUUCAAUUUUAUUUCAGCUUGUACAGCUAUUAUUGGUUUUUUCAUUGGAGCAAGUAUUGCUCAAAAUGAAGCUGCUCGUACAUGGAUUUUUGCUGUUACUGCAGGAACAUUUGCUUACAUAGCUUUAGUUGAUCUAUGGCCUACAUUGAUGCCUCUAACAAAUAAAUUCGAUUGGAUACGAUUUAUUUGUGUCACUUGUGGUUAUUUAACAGCUGAAGAAGAUCAGGACACAAGAACUUCAUCUAUAGAUACAGAUGAUACCAAAAGGAAAUUAGACAACACUAUAAAUUCGGACAAAUUACAAUCGUCAUUUGUUCGACAUAUUAUUGAUACUAUAGGAUUCAAAUCUGGUGAUUCACAUCAUAAGUCUGGUCCAACGAAUGCUGAAAAAUAUGGAUAUGGAUUUUUGAGUGUAUUUAUAAUCAGUACAUUUUCAUUAGGUGGUGCACUUAUUUUUCCAUUAACAAAAAAACCUUACUAUAAAUAUUUAAAUGCAUUUUUUACUGCACUUGCUGUUGGAGCAUUAUAUGCUGAUAGUGCUUUUGAACUUUUUCCUAGCAUCAUUCAAUUUGAUGGCCAUUCAAGCAAAUCAUCAUCAAAUGAAACGCAAACAAAUGAAACAGAACCGGCUAAUGAUGAUGAUGAACCAACCGUGCCAUACUUUCUUUGGCAAAUGCUUCUUAUUGUACUUACUUCAUAUGUCUUCUAUGUUCUUGAACUUAUGAUAGUUGUUGUUAUUAAUUAUCGAAAUCGACAAUCGAAAGAUGAUUAUAGUUUGGAUCAUGAAAAUCUACCGGUUGAAGCAGUAAGUACAUUACCAAUUCUAACAAGGGACCGUGGGACUACAAUUGUUUCAGCUACUUUUCCUAAUUAUUCUUUAACACCUGAUGACAAACAGACACCAGCUAUUGGAUGGAUGAUAAUUAUUGGUGAUGGUAUUCAUAAUGUUGCCGAUGGCCUUGCAAUCGGUGCAGCUUUUUCUGAAAAUAUAUUGUUCGGUAUAACAACAGCUAUUGCUAUUGCAUGUCAUGAAUUACCAACUGAACUUGGUGAAAUGAUGAUUUUAAUUGAAUCGGGUUUUACUAUUCGUCGAGCACUUCUUUUCAAUUUGUUCUCAGCAUGUACAGCUUUUAUUGGCUUUUUUAUCGGUGCUAGUCUUUCAGCAGAUGAAGCUUCCCGUACAUGGAUUUUUUCUAUUACUGCUGGUAUAUUUAUUUAUAUCGCUUUGGUUGAUUUAUGGCCAUCGUUAAUGCCCGAAUCAGAUGUAUUUGACUGGAUACGUUUUGCCUGUGUCACUGUCGGUUAUCUGUCAGGUGUUUUUGUUAUGUUCGGUUUAGCCAUAUUAACAGAGCAAGUCAUACAAGAUCCUCAAAAUGGCUGA